AUGACUGACAACACUCGCGACCUGCGCUCACUCAGUACCCUCGCGGGCAAAACCGUGAUCAUAACAGGCGGCGCAAAUGGUAUAGGAGCCGAGACUGUGAAGCUGUUCAACUCAUAUGGAGCGAAUACAGUCAUUGCCGAUCUUGAGCGCACUCGUGCUGCGGCCGAAUCGGUUAUUCGAUCCUUGCAGCAUCCCUCCGCUGCGCUAUUCAUCAGUGUCAACAUCCUUGUCUGGGAUGAAAUGAAGGCCCUUUUCUCUCAAUGCAUACAGCAUUUCAGCAAGAUCGAUAUUGUUAUAGCCAAUGCUGGCAUAAUGGAAAACCAGAGUCUGUUUGAUAUCGAAAACGUUGACGAGCAGGGGGGAAUACGCGAAUCAAUCGAAGGGUUUCGCGUAAUUGAUGUUAAUCUUAAAGGAACCAUUAAUACGUUGCGGCUCGCGCUGCAUCACAUGCGACGCAACCAACCCGUCUCACCAGAUGGUCUAAGAGGAUCUGUAGUUCUCGUCACUUCAACAUCAGGGUACUUUGGAGCUACCGGCGUCGGUGCAUAUAUAACAUCUAAGCAUGGACUCACGGGCCUCCUUCGAGCAUCACAGCAAGUUGCUCGAGGCCUUGGCAUCAGCGUCAAUGCUGUUGCUCCGUUCUUCACGCCAACACCAACCUUUAAAGAGUUGGCUGAGAAAUGGAAAGACUCAGGCCUCAAAUCUAAUAAUCCAGAGGACGUCGCUGAGACUAUCGCCCUUGCCUCUGCGCAGAAUGAGACUGGAAAAUGUUACAUGGUGGUUGGGCGGAAGACGGUAGAAGUAGAAGAUGGCAGAAGCGCACUUAUUGAACAAUGGCUUGGACGAGAAGCUGCAGGCUUGUUGGGAUCUGCUAGCAAGCUCUUUGAGGACAAAGGCUAUCCCCUGCCCAAAGGGCACGAGAAACCUUCAACUUAA